GUUCGUAACUCUCAAGAACUCCGAGCCGUGAGUUUGUGAAGCUUGUUUCUGACGAGCUGAUCUGAGCUCCAGGAAAGUGCGUCAAGAAACUGGCACUGGCAGUCGAUGUUCAGGGCGCUCAAGCAAGAGUCAAGGAGGAGGACAUUGCAAGCAGCAAGGACAGGCGCGCUUGUACCUAGCUGCAACUUUGAGGUAACGGUUGCAUCAUGGCAACAAGGGCUGUCUCGUUCUCGCACGCGGCCCAAAAGGCGGCUGUGUCCAAGGGCCUGCAAAGAAGUGGCUUAAACCUGAGCGAGCCCCAGUAUCAGUCCCGCCUGCCGUUCCCCAGGCAUUGCUCCUGUUCGCGCUCCAACACAGCUUGCAAUGGCGUGAGAGCGGAUGCUCAGACGAACCAGGAAACCACUGCAGGAUCUUCAGGAGCGCCGCAACGACCACAAGUUGCGCGGCCUACACCGAGGAAACCUGUCGAUGACAGACCACCCAUGCCCCCGAAGGCGCCAAAGGAAGGGGAGACAACUGCUUCAGGAGGAGCAAGGAAGUUUGGGGACAAUGAAACGUUUGAGGAGCUGAUGGCGUUCAGUGGGUCAGCCCCUGAGAUUGUCAAUGGGAGACUAGCAAUGCUUGGGUUCGUCGCCACGGCGGCCGCUGAGUUCAGCACGAAGCAAACCGCGUUGGACCAGCUCUUGGCAAACGGAGGGAACGUCUUUACCACUAUCUUUGUUUUCACACUAGCUUCUUUGGCGCCGAAGUUCAUUGCCGACGAAGGCCUCGGUGAACUACUAGAUGCAGCCAAGCCUGGGGGCAUGCCCGAGCAACUUAAGUUCUUCAACUCCGUGGUAGAAAGGAACACGGGACGAGUUGCUAUGCUUGGGUUUUUGGGGUUGGUUCUUGUAGAGGUUUUCAGAGGGGAGGCCUUUUUUGGCGGGAAAUUCUUCAACUUUUGAGUAAAUAUCAAAGCCCAAGGAUGCACAAGACUCGGUGCUUUCGUUGAAAUGAAUCAUGGGAUCAGUUGCUUGCCUUUCAUGCAGUCACAUUACCACUCACUCAAUUUUGUUUGGUUAUCUUGCACCAUGAUGGUGUUCUGCUUCAUUCGUGCAUGGUAAGUUCCAUUCAAUAACGCCUUUAGCCAAUUGGUGC